UUGGGUCGGAGGUGGUACUUGUGAAUGCUACCAAAUUCGCAGGGACACGAGGUACCUUUCCCGUCGCCGGAGCUGAUUCAAAACUCCGCCGCAAGCUGAAGAUUUUCUGCGAGAAACACCAGCAGGAAACCGGAAGACAUUGGCUAUUAUAUUUUCGCGAACAAGCCCAGCAAAGCCCCAUUGAUUGUUUUAUCUGUAGUCGGCUUCGAUUUGGGGCUCAGCUGUAGUUACGCCAGCAGCCCGUAACCCGUCAGCAAUUGUCCUCUCAGCCCAACCAGCCCGGUGCUGCAUCGCGUUCAUUGGCUCCGUCCUCUCUGCAGCCCCUCGUUCCCUCGCCCCCAUAGCAGCAACAUUCGCUCUGCCCCGCUUCGCCGCAGUCAAUGCUUCCCCUCACCUACAGGAACGCUCGGUCGAUCCUGAAUACCGCAAAGAGAAAACAGCUUGGUUUCCCCGUCGCUGCUUCCAGACAGACUCUCCCUCCGCGACUUCCACAUCUCGACGGAAAAGUUUAUAGCUUAUCAACAACAUCAACAACAUCCACAACAUCUUCAUCUCGUACAUCUACAGCCUCUGCAACUCCAUCCACAGCGUUCCCCGUCCCUCCUCGAUCUCGAUUCACCCCUCGAACCACCGUUGCCCGUCAGGCUAAGAGAUACUGCUCCUAUCGAAGAAUGUGCCUCAGACAAGCAGACGAUGUUGCUGGAGGAGCCACGGCGUUGGCUGGCCGGGAGAUCCUCCCAACCAAUGUUAAGCCAUUGCACUAUGACUUGACGUUGGAGCCGGAUUUCGAGAAGUUCACCUACAAGGGUACCGUUAUCAUUGACCUUGAUACCGUCGAAGACACCAAUUCUAUUUCACUCAACUCCAUGGAUAUCGACAUCCAUACUUCCGCUGUUUCCGCCAAUGGCGUGGAGGUGGCCUCGAACCCUUUAGUCUCCAUGAACAAGGAAAAGCAAACUGCCACUAUUAGCUUCGAGAAAACAAUUCCAGCUGGACAAAAGGCUCAGCUAAAAAUGACCUUUACGGGUACUUUGAAUGACCACAUGGCUGGGUUCUAUAGAUGCUCCUAUAAGGGCGCGAAUGGCGAGAAGAGAUAUAUCGCCUCCAGCCAGAUGGAGCCAACGGAUGCUCGAAGGGCAUUCCCCUGCUUCGAUGAACCUGCGUUGAAGGCGGAGUUCACUGUCACCUUGAUCGCAGAUAAGAAUAUGACGUGUUUGAGCAACAUGGACGUUGCAUCGGAGACGGAGGUACAGUCGGAGAUCACAGGAACCACAAGAAAAGUCGUCAAAUUCAACAAGUCGCCGCUGAUGUCGACCUAUCUCAUUGCUUUUAUCGUCGGCGAACUCAACUAUAUUGAGACCAAUGAUUUCAGAGUCCCCAUCCGCGUCUAUGCCACUCCUGACCAAGAUAUUCAGCACGGAAAGUUCUCCCUCGAUCUUGCGGCAAGGACCCUUGAAUUUUACGAAAAGGCGUUUGACAGCGAGUUCCCUCUCCCCAAAAUGGACAUGGUUGCCGUGCCAGACUUUUCCGCUGGCGCGAUGGAAAACUGGGGCUUGAUCACCUACCGUAUUGUGGAUGUUCUUUACGAUGAGAAGACCGCGGGCGCGGCUACCAAGCAACGUAUCGCUGAAACUGUGCAGCAUGAAUUGGCACACCAAUGGUUUGGGAAUCUCGUCACUAUGGAUUUCUGGGAUGGUCUCUGGCUCAAUGAGGGCUUUGCCACCUGGAUGUCCUGGUACUCAUGCGAUGUCUUCUAUCCUGAAUGGAAAGUCUGGGAAUCUUAUGUCAUCGACAACCUUCAAAUGGCCUUGUCCCUUGAUUCACUACGAAGCAGUCACCCUGUUGAAGUCCCUGUCAAACGCGCAGACGAGAUUAACCAGAUUUUUGAUGCCAUCUCUUAUUCUAAGGGAUCGUCUGUGCUCAGAAUGAUUUCCAAAUACAUGGGUGAAGAGAAAUUUAUCCAGGGCGUCCGGAACUACAUCAAGAAGCACGCCUACAAAAACACUGAGACAGCGGACCUGUGGGCAGCACUAAGCGAAGCAAGUGAUGGUAAACCUAUCGAGUCGGUAAUGGAUGUCUGGACUAAGAAUGUUGGAUUUCCAGUCGUCGCUGUUUCAGAAAACGUUAGUAACGGAUCGAUUUCUGUGAAGCAAAACCGCUUUCUGAGAACCGGAGAUGUCAAACCAGAAGAGGACAAGACCAUAUUCCCUGUGAUGCUUGGGUUGAAGACUCGCGAGGGUGUUAACGAAGCACUUAUGCUCAACGACCGUGAAGCGGAGUUUAAGGUUCCGGACCUCGAUUUCUUCAAGCUUAAUGCAGAUCACUCGGGCAUAUAUCGGACGUCGUAUACUCCGGAACGCCUUGAAAAGCUGGGAAAGGCAGCUAAAGAUGGGCUGUUGACUGUGGAGGACAGAGCCGGAAUGAUCGCUGACGCUGGGGCACUGGCUGCAUCCGGUUAUCAGAAAACAUCUGGAAUGCUUUCUCUCCUGAAGGGAUUUGAUAGUGAGCCACAAUUUGUUGUAUGGAACGAGAUCCUCACCCGUGUUGCUUCGAUCCGUGGCGCAUGGAUGUUUGAAGAUAGCAAGAUCAAAGAUGCCUUGAAAGGCCUCCAGCGCUCCCUGGUCAGUGAAAAGGCACAUGAGCUUGGCUGGACAUUCUCUCAGGAUGAUGGCCACGUUCUUCAGCAAUUCAAGGCCCUGAUGUUUAGCGCUGCUGGAUCUUCUGGAGAUCAGCAGGUUGUGACGGCUGCAAAGGACAUGUUUACCCGAUUCGCAAACGGUGAUCGUGCGGCUAUCCAUCCCAACAUUCGGGCAAGUGUCUUUGAUAUUGCCCUUCGAGAUGGUGGGGAGAAAGAGUACAAUGUCGUGCUUGACUGGUACCGCAAUGCGCCAACUUCUGCGGAAAAGAACACAGCCCUCCGCUGCUUGGGCAGUGCAGACAACGCCGAAUUAAUUCAAAAAACACUUUCUCUUUGCUUAUCGGACGAAGUGAGAGCACAAGAUAUCUACAUGCCGCUCUCCGGAUUACGCCUGCACGCAAAUGGUAUUACUGCUAGAUGGGAAUGGCUUAAGCAGAAUUGGGAAGCAGUUACCAAGCGAUUGCCUCCUGAGUUUGGUAUGUUGGGCUCAGUUGUGCAGAUUUGCACAGGGAGCUUAUCGACAGAUGCACAAAUUCAGGAUGUGGUCGCUUUCUUUAAGGAUAAGGAUCAGAAGGGAUUUGAUCGUUCUCUUCAACAAAGUCUUGACGGCCUCUCUGCUAAGGCUGGCUGGCUCAAACGCGAUCGUGCUGAUGUCGAGAACUGGUUGGCAGAAAAUGGGUAUGUUAGCUCGAAGCAAUCUUAGAUUGCAUUUCACACGAAUAAUAGAUUAGGACUUUGCCAUGGUGGUGGGUAUAGGAACGGUGCGCACUACAGGGAAAAAGUUAGUGAGUGUUUUGUUCCACAACGUUAGGUGUUACUAAACCAGCGAUAUUGGUACAAAGGGUAUUCAAACUCCUCGUGCCCCAUCAAGGGCCUCCAUGGAUCACAUACCUCUUCAUAUUUUAGAAUAACUCCUCUCUAUUAAAUAAUGCUUGAUUAGCGUUUGAUAAUAUAAUUCAAUAUAAUUCAAUGGUAGUGAGUCAAGUAUUCCGUAUCAAAGAGUGAUUUAUGUUAUGUCUAUUAUUUGCUUUGAUCAUAGUUUAUACUUCGACCUUGCUCCCCGUAUACCCCAGAAUGAGGUUUAUAAUAUACAAGAGCUAUAACACCGCAUAUGCCCAAUAAUUACUCACAAAUCCCAAAAGAGCGCCCAGCAGACCAAUAGCAAAAGAAGAAAACAAAAAUAUGACAUCAAAGCAAACGGGGAGGGAACAAGGGUGGGCCGGGGGAGUUCCUCUGAUUUACCACCCCGCUCCACCUCCCUUCCCAGCGAAGCCGCUGCUCUCUUCGAUCUUCUUCUGUGCCCCAGCACCCCGUACAGGCUUCGAUUGGGCAGCUUCGUGCUUGCGGAGUUCUUCGGGGACGCGAGAAAUAGCGGAUUUCAUAAGCAUCUGUUUGAGAUCAUAUCUGUUUGAAAUAUUAGUAAGAGUGCUUUUCGACAUCAAAAUAAAGAAAAUCCCCGAAAGGGAGAAGGGGGUGGGGGGUGGGUCUCAUACAGAACGUCAGAAUCCUCGUUGCCCAAGAAUCCAGAUCAGUUGCAACGAGAACAUCGGUAUUUCCAUUCCGAACGGACGCCAGCGCAGCCUCACGCUGCUCUUGCGUCUUGCUCCCAUGCAACGUGACUGACGAAUAGCCCAUGUUUUUGAUAUCGCGCGCGACAGCAUCGCAGUUGCGCUUGAUAUUGACGAAGACUAUGAUUGGUGGGCGGAAUUCUCGCGACGAUAGGAUCUCGGCGAGGCGUUUCUUGCGCUUGUCUUCGCCAGAGAUGAAUUCGACGCGCUGCUCGACGGUGUCGACGGCUUCGCCGAUGUUGCCGAUUGUGACGAUCGCCG